CGAGCCUUGAAUAAGUUCGAGGUGCCGACCUUUUCAAAAUUACGAAGUCUUCCUUAAUUGCAGUCGCUGACUCUCUCUCUACCACUUUCUCUCUCUAGCCCAGCCAUGGCCGUUCUCCUAAUCCACCUUCUCUCUUCUUUCCUUCUCUUCUCCCUUGGCCUCUACCAGGUCCUCUCCUCUACCAAGAGCUACCUCCGCUCUCCUCGAGACUACGCCGCUCGCCUCUACCACCCCUUCCCAUUUUCUCUUUCCUCUCUCAAACACCUCCCCCUCUAUCUCUUAAUCUUCUCUCUCUCUUUCUCUCUCCUCCACCAGCUCCUUCUCUCCUCCGCUCCCGAUCCCCUCGUCAAAGGCUCCUCCUCCGUUUACCAUUUCUCCUCUCUCCAAAUUGCGGCCGUCCUCUUCAUCUUCCUCUUUCUCUCUCUAGCCAUCCUCCUCUCUGAGACCACCACUCUCUUCCCUUUACCAAAUGAUGUAUUCUGUUUGAUAGCUUCGGUUGCUUUCUCUCUCCACUACACUGUUUCUAUCUCUUCCUCGUCUCUCACUCUAGGGAUCGAGGGCAAGUGCGAUGCCAUCAGUGCUCGAAUCUCUGCUGCUUCAGCUGUUUUCUCUCUCAUCCUUGCCUUUAACCCUAGGUUUUUCGUUGCGGAUCUUGCCCUAGGGGCUUCGAUUUGCUUGCAAGGGUUGUGGGUUUUGCAAACUGGUCUCUCUCUCUAUGCCGAGGCCUUUAUACCGGAGGGUUGCCAUCAACUUCUCGAUGUGGCGACUGGUGUGGAGGGAUCAACGAGGUGUGAUCUCGAGGAGUCAAGGUUUCGAGCCAUGGCUUUGCUUGAUCUGGUUUUCCUUUUUCACGUGAUUUUCGUUUUGGUGGUUGUGGUUUUGGCCUAUGCAGUCUUGAUGAAGUUUGUUGGGGUUCGAAGACUCGGGCCUUAUGAAGCUUUGCCCACUACUACUGAUUCCAACCAUGUUCAGAUGAAGUCUCUAUCGGGGACCCAGGCUUGAAGUUCUAGUUUUUUUUUGGCGCCGAGGUUCUUCAUCGAAAAGCUAAGUUUUUUCUUCCUUCUAUUUUGGGGAUCUUUUUGUGGGUGUAUCUCUGUGGUUAUUCUUACUAUUCUGUUGUAUAUUUGGAGGUAUUUUGUUCAUUAAAUAGGGAAACAAUGGAGGUUUAUUUGAACUGGUUUUCUGUACAGUGUUGGCCCGACAUUCAAACUCGCAACUUUUCUUUCGUU